CAGUGCCCAUUUAUCCAUUCUCUACUAAUGGUGGGACACUUCUGCUUUUGUGGAGAUCCAGCAGUUUUGAAGACCAGCUGGACUGAUGGCAAUCCAGGCAGGAGGUUCUUCGGGUGCAGCAAGUACGGGACAAAUGGGGCAUGUAAUUACUUCAGAUGGCAUGACCCAGCACUUGACGAGCAUAUGAAAUUUUUGGUGCUGAACUUUCAUCGUCGGAUCCGGGAGCAAGAGAAUAGGCAAAAUGGGAAAGGGGUCAAAUCUAAUGGCAAAACAUUGUCCAUCUUCUUUGUGUUUGCUCUUGUAUUCUUUUGCAUUUGGAUCGGAAAGUAAGCAGCUCUUUGCUGAAUCUUACCAGCUGUACUCGAAGGUUCUCUGUAUUGUAGACUGUGUAACCCUAAAAAAAUGACAUUUCACGUUUGGUGCCUG